AAUAGUACAAAGAGGUGAAGAGGACUAUAAAAAGUUGUAUGAAAUGGCUUGAUAUUUUAAAUUGGAUAUCGAAAAGCUACUUGAAUUUGACGCCUGCACUUCGUCUUAUACAGGAAUUUGCUUAUCUGUAGUCGUUUUGCAGCAAAUUGUCAUUAUUUAAACAUUAGGACUGCUUUCAUUGAGGAUCAGUCGAUUUUCUUGUCUUAUGGACAAUCAGUGUUAUCAAAGGCGAAAAGUGCAAAAAAGCUCUAAAUGUAUGUUGGGGCUUUAAGCGCAAAACGCAAAUGAAGCAUGGGCUUUAAUGAAGAAAGGCACAAAUCGAGAAAAAUUACAAAUAUUCUAUACACAAUGAAUUCUUCAACAUACACCCACUUCGUCGCCUCAAGAAGGAUGGGUAUAUGCGAUCCGAUCCAUCAACUUGGAAUGUGGGAUGAUUUCAAUGGUAGUUUCCCAAGUACAUCGGCAACCAUGAUUUUAGAAGUUGAUAAAUGCCUAGAGGACCAGAUACCAAUUAUGGAGAAAAGACUAGAAAACGAGACAGAAGACACUUCGCAUGGAACAGUAGGGACUUCUAACAGAUAUGAACCAGAAACAAGUAAACCCGUCGAGAAGGUACUUAGACGUCUUGCACAAAACCGUGAGGCUGCUCGUAAAAGCCGUUUGCGGAAGAAGGCCUAUGUUCAGCAGUUAGAAAAUAGUAAAUUGAAGCUGAUUCAAUUGGAACAAGAAUUAGAACGCGCCAGAAAACAGGGUCUGUAUGCAGGUGGUGGUUUAGAUGCUAGCCAGCUAAGUUACUCUGGAACCGCUAGCUCAGGAACUGCUGCAUUUGAUAUGGAGUAUGGUCACUGGGUGGAAGAACAGACUAGGCAAACAAAUGAGUUACGGAGUGCUUUGCAUUCUCAAAUUGGUGAAGCGGAAUUACGCAUUAUUGUUGAUGGUUAUCUAAGCCACUACUUUGAUCUCUUUCGCAUGAAAGCUACAGCUGCUAAAGCUGAUGUCCUCUAUAUCAUGUCUGGCAUGUGGAAGACAUCAGCUGAGCGCUUUUUCAUGUGGAUUGGGGGGUUUCGGCCAUCCGAGCUUCUAAAGGUUCUCACACCACAUCUUGAGCUGUUGACAGAACAACAACUUCGGGAGGUUUGUAACCUGACCCAAUCAUGUCAGCAAGCAGAAGACGCCUUGUCACAAGGAAUGGUAAAACUCCACCAGAUUCUUGCCGAGGCUGUUGCAGCUGGCCGACUAGGCGAAGGAAAUUACACUCUCCCGCAGAUGGGGCCAGCCAUCGAAAAGUUGGAAGCUCUUGUUAGGUUCGUAAAUCAGGCAGAUCAUCUACGCCAAGAAACCCUCCAACAGAUGUCCCGCAUCCUUAAUACGUACCAAGCAGCUCAGGGCUUACUUGCCUUAGGGGAGUACUUUGAACGACUUCGUGUUUUAAGCUCACAAUGGGCUACUCGUCUACGUGAACCUACCUAAUGAAGCACAAGAAGAUCCCCUGUAUAUUACUCGAGGAGUUUUGCCUUCAGAAGUCGAUGCUGUGUUAUGGACCAGAAGACCGUUGCUCACUUGGUAUCUAAACCUAUAUAAUCAGUGGCGGAGCCACAUAGGCUCAAGGGCAGAUGCAAAUUCAGGAUUCGAAUGUUAUGGUUUGGGAUUUGAACUCUAUUAUUUGUACUUAUUUACUGGAUUUUAAACACACAUGCAAGAUCCGAGCCAAAAACUACAAGGCGUGGAUGAACCCAGAAGUUAUACGCUAGAUCGGCUCCUGCUCAAGGGUGGUCAAGUUGAACGUCAUUCGUCGGAAAAUUAUAGUGUGUUAUAUAAGUCAGAUAUCAUGUGUGGAAUCUUGAGCACACUUAGUGAAAUUCUAGGCUUCAUCAUUGAGCUAUAUUCAUUCACUUCAUGUUUGUGGUGAAUGGAUUUUACCAUCUUGCUAUUUCUGGCAGGGUCUUGAGAACUUAAAUGGGAUUUUUACACAAAUAGCCAGAUGGAUUUGUUGUUUGCUUUUUCAGCCGGUAUAUUAAUUACACACGGUUAUAUAUGUAUAUUAUACAUGGAUUAUACAUAUAUUAGAUACCCGGCUAUUUUUAGUUUAAGCGGUUGAGUAACUAUUUAGGUUAAUUCUUUAACCUAAAUCUCAACAGUUGCCAUGAAAUCUGGAUAUUAAUAAAAGAGUGUGAUAAGUCAGAAGUGCUAUCUUUUUAAGCUAA